AGUGGAUAAACCCACCGUACACGCUGGGAGAAAAGGGGCUUGGAAUUCUCCACGGCUCUGGGCGAUGGAGGCCGUGCAAUUCUCAACUGUAGCUUCCCGCCAGUUCUCUGCAGCUUCUCACUCCUUCUCGACCAACACAAAAAGCUGGAGCCGCGGCGUUUCGACCGACGCGAGGAAACCGAGUCGACUUCGCUCGUCUUGGACCCGUUCUAACGGUCCCGUCUCACUCUCUUCCAGGAACUUGUUUGCUAGAGAGGUAUGGGGCUGGGUGAACUCCAAGAGUGUUAUUCUGGGAAGAGGCAUGCGCGGUGUUGUUGUGAGAGCUGAGAUGUUUGGGCAACUCACGAGCGGUCUUGAGGCGGCCUGGAAUAAACUGAAAGGAGAAGAGGUUUUGACCAAGGAAAAUAUAGUGGAGCCCAUGCGAGAUAUUAGAAGAGCUCUUUUGGAAGCAGAUGUAAGCCUUCCCGUUGUAAGACGGUUUGUUCAAACUGUCAGUGAGCAAGCUGUUGGUGUUGGGCUGAUUCGAGGUGUGAAACCAGAUCAGCAGCUGGUUAAGAUUGUACAUGAUGAGCUUGUGAAGUUGAUGGGUGGGGAGGUAUCCGAACUAGUUUUUGCAAAAUCCGGUCCCACUGUAAUUUUAUUAGCCGGUCUACAGGGGGUUGGAAAAACAACAGUGUGUGCAAAAUUGGCUUAUUAUCUCAAGAAACAGGGGAAGAGUUGCAUGCUGGUUGCUGGGGAUGUGUACAGACCAGCUGCUAUUGACCAACUUGUUAUUUUGGGUGAACAGGUGGAUGUGCCUGUUUAUGCAGCAGGGACUGAUGUUAAACCUUCAGUAAUAGCCAAGCAAGGUUUAGAAGAGGCCAAAAAGAAAAACAUAGAUGUAGUCAUAAUGGAUACUGCUGGGAGGCUUCAGAUAGACAAAGCGAUGAUGGAUGAGUUGAAAGAAGUGAAGAGGGCAUUGAAUCCCACGGAAGUUUUGCUUGUUGUUGAUGCAAUGACGGGACAAGAAGCUGCAGCCUUGGUGACCUCAUUUAAUCUAGAGAUUGGGAUAACAGGAGCCAUUUUGACAAAGCUGGAUGGGGAUUCUAGAGGUGGAGCAGCUUUGAGUGUUAAAGAGGUAUCAGGAAAGCCAGUCAAGCUUGUAGGGCGGGGAGAACGUAUGGAGGACCUUGAACCUUUCUACCCUGACCGAAUGGCAGGACGUAUCUUAGGAAUGGGAGACGUCCUCUCCUUUGUUGAAAAGGCACAAGAAGUUAUGCGACAAGAAGAUGCUGAAGAACUGCAAAAGAAGAUAAUGAGUGCAAAGUUUGACUUCAACGAUUUCGUAAAGCAAACUCGAGCUGUUGCACGUAUGGGCUCUGUGACUCGUGUUCUAGGAAUGAUCCCUGGUAUGGGGAAGGUUACUCCUGCACAAAUUCGUGAAGCAGAGAAGAAUUUAAAGAUAAUGGAAGCAAUGAUUGAAGCAAUGACCCCUGAGGAAAGGGAGAAGCCAGAAUUAUUGGCAGAAUCUCCAGCCCGGAGGAAAAGAAUUGCUCGAGAUUCUGGGAAAACAGAGCAGCAGGUGAGCCAAGUUGUCGCUCAACUCUUCCAAAUGCGCGUUCGAAUGAAGAAUUUGAUGGGUGUAAUGGAAGGUGGAUCCAUUCCUACACUGAGCAAUCUUGAGGAGGCGCUCAAAACUGAACAAAAGGGUCCUGCUGGUACUGCAAGGAGAAAGAAGAGAUCGGAAUCAAGGAGGCAGUUCAUAGACUCGGCAUCAACAAGGCCAAGUCCUCGUGGUUUUGGGGCAGGGAACUAAUCGCAAAGAGUUGUGCUGUAUCAGACACUCGAGGUCGAUUGACUACAGGAUCUGAAUUUGCUGCUGUGGCGAGAUGUCAAUAUUUAUUAUUAACCUCCAAGGUUCUUUAAGCUGCGCAAAGCCGUUGCUUUUUCCUCACGUUCACCGUACUUUGGCAAAUGAUGUUCCUGCAACGGUCGAUAACCGAAACACCAUGCACAUCAACAUUUCUUGUUUACAAGUUGGGUUGUGUAUUUGUAAUGCAUCAUUGCUUGAGAUGGGGUAAUGUUACAAUGUCCAAACUAACUUUCAAAAUGUUGAAAAGUUCUUAAUAAUUGUCCCAAAUCAAA